AUGGCUGAGAGUGCUUUGUGUCAGUUUCCCUCUUCCAGUGCCCAGUUGACAGCAUUGGAACAGGGUUUGAGUGUUGAUGAAUUGACUAGAGAUGCUGAAGAUUUGACUGAGACAGCAGAAAAGCCACCACCACCAAUCAGACAAGACAUUGUUGUGCAUGAUGUUGAGACCUGGUUCAAAAUAAGAUACCUGGUUGCCACACUAUGUUUUUGGUCAUUUGUGGUCAACUAUGCAAUGAGGAUCAACAUCAACAUAGCCAUUGUGGAAAUGGUCAAUCCAAUGCAAGCCCCAGAUGCUGUGCAAAUCAAUGUGCCAAGUUUCCAUGAUGGUGACCUUUUGGAUGUGGAAUCAGACCAAAGGAACAAUAAUUCCUUCUCUGGGACCAAUUUCACUUUUGUUGAAGCUGAUGCUUGUGGAAGGAUAAUUGAACCUAUUGGCAACCUCACUGUCACACAUGAUCCAAAUAAAUUUGACUGGGAUGAACAGACCCAAAGUUUGGUCCUGGGCUCUGUUUUCUUUGGAUACAUCACAACACAGUUCUUGGGUGGCAGAGUUGGAGAAUUAAUAGGAGCCAAGAGAGUGCUGGGAUACCCAUUAUUUUGUGCUGCUUUGCUGACCCUGUUGACACCUUUGGCUGCCAAGAUGUAUGGGUAUGGAGCAGUGAUUGGUGUGAGGGUGCUGAUUGGCAUGGCUGAGGGAGUGAGUUAUCCAGCUGCUCAUGCCCUGCUGAGUCAUUGGGCUCCUCCUCUGGAAAGAAGCAAAAUGUCCUCCAUAAUUUACACUGGUGCACAAGUUGGAACUAUUGGAACAUUAGCCCCAGCAGGGAUUCUAAUGAGUGCCUGGGGCUGGGAAGCCAUGUUUUAUUUCUUUGGGUUGAUUACCUUCAUCUGGUUUGUCUUGUGGAUGGUUCUGGUGGAUGACACACCUUCUCAGCAUUGGCUCAUCAGCUCUCAAGAGAAGGAAUACAUCUUGAAUAGUUUGAGCAAGGAGAGAAAGCAAGGUAAACAAGAUCCAUUGCCUUGGAAGAACAUUCUGACCUCAGUGCCCUUUUGGGCUCUCUUGGUGGCACACAUGGGCAACAACUUUGGCAAAUGGGUCAUGCUGGCACAGCUGCCAACUUAUAUGAAAAAUAUCUUGCAUUUUGAGAUUCAAGCAGUCAAAUUAAUAGGAGCCAAGAGAGUGCUGGGAUACCCACUAUUUUGUGCUGCUUUGCUGACCCUGUUGACACCUUUGGCUGCCAAGAUGUAUGGGUAUGGAGCAGUGAUUGGUGUGAGGGUGCUGAUUGGCAUGGCUGAGGGAGUGAGUUAUCCAGCUGCUCAUGCCCUGCUGAGUCAUUGGGCUCCUCCUCUGGAAAGAAGCAAAAUGUCUUCCAUAAUUUACACUGGUGCACAAGUUGGAACUAUUGGAACAUUAGCCCCAGCAGGGAUUCUAAUGAGUGCCUGGGGUUGGGAAGCCAUGUUUUAUUUCUUUGGGUUGAUUACCUUCAUCUGGUUUGUCUUGUGGAUGGUUCUGGUGGAUGACACACCUUCUCAGCAUUGGCUCAUCAGCUCUCAAGAGAAGGAAUUCAUCUUGAAUACCAUGCCUUAUGUAGCCAUGUUUGUAUCAGCUCAAGUUUAUGGAAGUUAUGUGGAUUCCCUGAGGACCAGAGGCAUUGUAUCCACAACCAUGGUCAGGAAAGUUUCCAAUUUUAUAGCACAAGCUGGUUCAGGAUUGUGCUUUGUUGCUGUGGCUUACACAGGAUGUGACAGCUUGCUGAGUGUGGCCUUUUUCUGCCUUGGGGAAUUUUUCCAAGGAGCUGUUUACUCAGGAUACAUGGCAAAUCACUUGGACUUGGCUCCUAACUUUGCAGAUGCCCUGUUUGGAGAGCCUCAGAUUCUCCACAGACUCAUAGCUUAUAGAAAUGUCUCCAUUGUUGCCCCAUUGCUACAUAGUGUUGAUGACUAUGUGAACUUUGAGCCCAAGGGGGACCCAAAGGUUAUACCAAAGAUGCUUUCUGGAGAGGUCACAGGGAUUUGGGAUGUGGCUGAAGCAUCUUCCUGCUUCUUGUUUGACAGUUCUGUUGAAACUUUGGAAGCCAUGGAGCACAUGUUGUAUGUAACAAGGUCUAAGAAUCACUUUGGAUAUAAGAUUGGUGUGAGAGACAAGGAGGAGUCCAGCUUGGAUGUGAUAUUUUCCGCAGCCGUAUUCGAGGAUGACAUUCACUUCGAGUACAACUUCUUGGAAUAUUUGCGGAACAUCCUCGAUGACGCAUCGCAGAGGAACAUAUCGUGGGACUUACUUUACAUGGGCUACGAGGCGGUGUUGCCGAUGAAUCACUCCAAGCUGAACGGGUCAAUUCACUUCGCACGUCCCGAUUACACAUACGGCUCUUAUGCUUACAUCAUUACCCUGGAAGGAGCACGAAAACUGGUCAAUUCUCCGAUAUUGAGAAAAGUUAUUCCGACGGACGAAUUUUUGCCUGUUAUGUACAACUCUCAUCCCAUCGAGGCACUGGCUUCGAAAUUUCCGCAGCGAGAUUUGAAGGCUUUAGUGAUAUGGCCGAGUUUGAUCUGGGAGAAGUGGUUGCAUCGGGGAGGACGCAAAUUGGGGAGAACGUCUGACACUGGCGUACAAGCGACAUCUAGUUCUCAAAUCUAUUCACCGACACCACAAUGA